CUUACAGGGAGGGGUUGCAGUUUCAGCAGUGUUCGAAGGGUGGGGGAGGGAGGCAAACCCUUCAGCACUUCAAUUCUCGCAUCAGACUACAGCAGAAAUCAGCUAAAAUGAAGAAAGCUCAGAGAUAUGACUAUUUCCUUGUCCUAGAUUUUGAGGCGACAUGUGACGAUGGGAAAAAAAUUAACCCACAGGAAAUCAUAGAGUUUCCUGUGCUGAAGGUGAACGCCAAGACAUAUGAGGUAGAGGACACUUUCCAGCAAUUUGUCCGGCCAGUGCAUCACCCAAACCUCACUGCCUUCUGCACUCAUCUCACCACAAUAACACAGGAAGAGGUAAACUCUGCAAAAGUGUUUCAGGAAGUGUUUCAAGACUUUAGGCAGUGGAUGGAGGAGAAGGUUGGGCUGGACAAACGGUUUCUUUUUGUGACAUGUGGAGACUGGGAUCUGAAGACCAUGCUACCAUCUCAGUGUGCUCUGUACAACAUCCCUGUCCCUCCCUACUGUAAAGUGUGGCUCAACAUUAAGAAGUCUUAUGCCAUCAAGAAGGGUGACUAUGUGAAGGGAAUGUAUCCCAUGCUGGAUGGACUCAAUCUAAAGGCUGUCGGAACCCCACACAGGGGCAUCGAUGACUGUAAAAACAUUGCCAACAUCCUAAGGGCGCUUGCCAAUCUGCAGUGUGAGUUUCUGCCGACCUACUAUGUGGAAUAGCAGAGGUGUGUCCCGGAGUGUGGUGAGAGAUGAUGUGAUGUCAGUAUUAGCUGUUACACUCACUGUCUCCUGACUGUCCAAAAGAUUCCAAGCAUUUUUAGUCACACACAUAGUAUGCACUUUUUCAGUAUGCUAUUCCUUUGACUGUAGUUUUCCAAAUGUCUUGUGCUUAUGGUAAUGGCACUUUAUUGCUACAUUUUUAUCUACACAAGUUUUUAGUCACAUAUUUGCACCACCUUAAGUAGUUUUUGACUCUAAUGAGAGACAAAAUGUACUUUUAAUUCUCCUUUAUUUAUAUUUCCAUACAAAUAUAUUUUAGAUUUCUCGAAAUACUAUCAAAGAAUGAUUGUAGUGAUGAAAUGUUCAGUGUGAUAAGAAACAUUAAUAAGAAGUGAAAUAAGUGAGAUGGUUGAGUGGUGUGACUGGAAGUGAGGUGACAGUACAGCUGGCUCACAGCUGAGAGAACUAAGAAAUCCUAGGCUCAAAUAUCCGGCCAAAGGGGAGAUCAUUCAGACCUACUCUCCAUCUUUCUCCAUGCAGCCUGUGAUCUAGUGACUUGGGAACCCCACCUGGAUGUUCCAAGUUAGUUUUGUGUAUGGCUUGACUCCUGAAUUGUUGUAGGAGACAUUUGUUUUAUUGGAGACUCAGGCUGAUUGAUUAAAAGGUGAAAAAAAGGUCAAAGAAAUUAAUAAUUAUCAUGUAAGCCAGUCGUGAGCCAUGAUGUGUAUAUAUAUUUUAUGAUCCUCUUUUGUAACGCCUCUUUUCUACUUUUUCAUUAUAUAUGUAAUG